AAUUUUAGGGAGGUCACAGUUGGGCAAAAGCGGGGACUCUUUUAGCGAGAUUGAGGGAUGGUCAGGAUAACAGCUAUGCAGAUCAGACUAAACAAGUUGGGAUACGCUGCAGACAGUUCGUGAUGGCCUGGAUGCUAGUCUGUCGUCAGCUGAAACCCUCCGUGGCAGAGCUGUAUCACGGAUCGGCGUUAGAAGACUUGCAUUUUGCAUCUUUGAACUUAGCUGGAGCGCAUGUGACGCCUCUCUGGCCGGCGCCGUCGAAGUGAGGCUUGUACCACAGCGAAUGUGUCCCUUCGUUUCUCCAGAGAGGAGCCUCCUCUCUUUCUGAAGCCACCUACAUUGGUCGGCCUGGUCGGUGCGCCGAUUUGCAUCACCUGAUUCGUUGGACCGGAUCCGCGGCAUCGCGCGAACACAGCCCGAGGGAUUCUGCUGCGCUGGGUCAGACUCCUAACAGUCGCCGCUACAAUAUCAGGUCCCUUUUUUCCGAGGACUCCGAGUCCUUCGGAAGGGCAGUCCUUCUUCCUCAGCAGCUUCUUCUUCAACAGUUUGUACCGCGGAGCUUGCUCAACAGUCUGAAGCUUCUAAAUCCAGUGCAACGGUGCGCUGGAUUCGGUGAAGCGGCCGCUGCACACAUACGGGGCAUAAAUAUGAGCUCAACUUGUCAGGCACUUGUAGCACAUUUUGAGAACACAUAGCAGUAGUACUAGUGAAAUAGCAGAAGUACCUAGGUGAUGGUCACCACACCAGAUCUGGCUUUUGCGAGCCGCACAAGCUUUUGUGAGGGCUGGGAUUUGUAGAGUAGCAGAGCCUUUGAGGAUGGUUAGGAGUUGUAGCGUAGAACCAGCCUGAUUUUUCUGAAUGACCUCUCCAAGGUCCGACCCGACCUAGUGAAUCACAUAGUAGGACCUCUCCAAGGGCGACAUACUCCGAAAGUCCACUAUUAUCUCCAGGCGCAAAGACACCAGGCCAGCAGUGCUGCUGACACGGCGUGGUUGGUCUCCCUUUGCUCAACGGCGUCAUUGGGCUCAACGGCUCUACCAGGAAAGCCGGAACUCAGGCUUCUCCGGCUCUACCAGCAUAGCCGGAAUUCAGGCUGAACGGCUCCAUCAUUCUACAAUGGAAACAUCAGCUCGAUCGCCGGAUCCCGGCGAAGACGACCAUGACUCAAAGACGGAAGACGGUGAAGGCCAGAAGUCUGGGAAUCCUCAGGCAUCCGUGCGGCAGCAUCAUGAGCCCGCAGGCUUCUUGGAUCUAGGAUUGGGAGCGAGUAUCCAGGGACUCCGUGGAGAGUACACCAGCGGGAGUCAGGCUGCGAGUCGGAGUGAGGCUGCUGACCAUGGCUUUGCACCUGGCUCAGGGUGUGCUGCUGACCAUGGCUUCGUAUCUGGCUCAGGGUGUGCUGCUGCAGAAUCCGCACCAGCUCCCGGCACCGAGGCGUCACCAGGUUUCGGGCCAGCUUUUGGCCUUACUAUGGACAGAAAUGUCACAGCUCCAAUAUCAUCAUCAUCAUCAGCAGCAGCAGCAGCAGCAGCAGCAGCCGGGCUCGCUUCUGCUCCUUCUGCUGCUAUGGUCCUCCCCAGUGCCCUUAGACCGGCUCUGAACCUGGUGGUGGAUUCAUCUGACGACAGGGCAGCAGCUGCAGCAGCCGUUGCUGCGUUUUCUGAAGCACAGGCGGAGUCUCUCCGGCUCAUGGCGUCCUUCUGCUCCAUCAUCCCCAGCCCCACGCCGCUACAGCCGCUGCAUCAGGUUCAGCAACAGCCACAGCCACAGCCACAGCCGAAGCCGCCGCCGCCGCCGCCUCAGCAGCAGCAGCAUCAGGCGGACUCUCUCCGGCUCAGGGCCUCCUUCUGCCCUAUCAUCCCCAGCCCCAUGCCGCUGCAGCCGCUGCAUCAAGCACAGCAGCAGCCACAGCAGCAGCAGCAGCGGCCACAACCGUGGAGAUUUGAGCAGCAGCAGCAGGAGCAGCAGCAUUGGCGGCGACAACAAGAGCAAGAGCAGCAGCCUCAGCAGCAGCAGCAGCAGCAGCGGCCCUCAACCCUUUAUCGCUCCCCUUAUCCAAGCGCUGACACGGAACCAGCCAUCAUGGGCAUAGACACCCGCCAGAAGAACCAGCAGUUUCUGGCUGACCGCUGGCAACCACCAGCCAUUCCUGCCCCAGCAGCGACACUCGGCGGUUCUGCCAGCAGCAGAAGCAGCAUGCAGCGAAACGAGCCUUCUCCAACACAGCGGGUUCACUGGGGAUCUUCCCCGGGGCAGCAAGGAGUUUCUCCGGGGCAGGUGGGAUAUCCGCUUGAGCACUUGGGAUCUCCUCCUCGGGGGCAGCUGGAAUUUAGUUGGGGGGUUGAUCGCCUACCCCAGGCUGCUGCGGCUCUUGAGGAGCCGUCCAGGUCUCGAGGUGGUCCUUCAGGUGGUCCUUCAGGUGGAACUUCAGGUGGUCCUUCAGGUACUGGUCCUGGAGUUAUCACCAUGAUGGUUGACUUGAAUCUUCCUGCAAAGACCAGCAGCUUCCAGGGGUCUGGAGAUCAAGCUGCGCGCAACAAAGUUCCCAGUGGUUCAGGCCGAGCUCCAGCAACUAUCUUUGAGGUGCCUCAAAUAAGGACUAGCAGCUUCCAGGGGUCUGGAGAUCAAGCUGCGCGCAACCAAGUUCCCAGUGAUUCAGGCCGAGCUCCAGCAACCCAUGGCGUUUUUUUGCGUCGACUAAAAAAAGAAGCUGAGCGCAAUGUUCCCCGUGGUUCCGACCAUUUUCCAGCAACAAGUACACUAGGAAGGCCGCCCGUACUUGUUGUCCCCUCGGAGCGUACUUCACUUAGUUUGUCCCGCCCCGUGUCAGCACCGCUACCUUCAGCUAUUUUAUUGCCAACCGGGCCAUCGGCAGCAUCACCAACAGCAGCAGUACCACCACCAUCACCAUCAGCAACACCAUCAACAGCAGCAGCAGCACCAUCGGUUCUCCUCCCAUCCCCCAGCACCAACCCCUUGGGAAAGAAACGCAGCUGGAAGGAAUACUCCCGUUUCAACAUCUCACGGCUAGAGGGCUUCCGCCCCACUCUAUCCGCCCCAGCCUCUACCACCAGGCUUCUCAGCAGCAGCACUACUGCCAACCCUCUCUUCUCCUCCUCCCCUCGCUCCACCGCCCCAGCCACCACCGGCAGCCGGAUCGUGGCUUCUCAAAGCGCUCCGCUGCUAGAGGAGAGGUCCAUUGCUGCUGUUACAGCCGCUUUUGCCGCCUCCGCUUCUCUUGCGUCGGCUGCUGCGUCUAUCGCUACUCCCACUGCUGUUCCUGCCAGAAAUUCCUUGUUUGCUGCUGGUGUUCCUUUGCCCCCCUCCCCUGCCCCUCACACUCCAACUGCCGCCGCUACUGCUGAUAUCGAGCCGCGUGUCGCUGGUGCUCCUCCCCCUGCUGGAGCUUCCCCUUUUCCUUCUGCCGCUAUCUGUUUUGCUGCGCCUGCUAGAAGUCGUGCAAAUAGCGGCCUGCCUGCUUCAGAUCCCCUCUCCCCUUCUACUGUCUCGCUUACCGCUGGUGCUGCUGCCUCUGCUGCUGCUGCUGCCUCUCCUGCCGCUACCGCGUCCCUUGCUUCGGCAGGUGCUGUAUCUCCUGCAUCCGCUGCGCCGUUUGCUGUUGCCGGUGCCGCUUCUGCUCCCGCUGCUGUUCCUGUAACUGUUCAGGCCGAGCUUCUGCUGCGAGUGUUGAGGCAACGAGGGGAAGAAACACGCACUGUAUCUGCAGCAGCGGCUACGCCUGCGGCUGCUGCUGCUGCGCCGGGGUCUGCUGGUUCUGCUGCUGCCACUGCUGCUGCUGCUGCAUGUGCAGAAAGGCCACCACAUACUGCCAUGACUGCUCCAUUGGUCACGUCUCUUAGCUUACCAGCAGUUGGAGCUGCAGAUUACUCAGCACCAGCCCAUUCCCGUCCCCUAUCCUCCCGCCUGCUGUCCACGGAUGCAUUUGAAGAGGCGGCUCCCCAGCAGUUAGGAAGAGACUCGGCGACUUGGGAUGUGGGGGUGAGGAGGGACGUGUUGCAGCUUGAGCAUCACCAGCACCAGCAGCAGCAGCAGCAGCAGCAGCAGCAGCAGCAGCAGCAGCAGCAGCAGCAGCAGCAGCAGCAGCAGCAGCAGCAGCAGCAGCAGCAGCAGCAGCAGCAGCAGCAGCAGCAGCAGCAGCAGCAGCAGCAGCAGCAGCAGCAGCAGCAGCAGCAGCAGCAGCAGCAGCAGCAGCAGCAGAACCAGCAGCACAAGCAGCAGGAGCGGCAGCAGGAGCAGCGGCAGCAGCAGCAGGCUGGCUUAGGUGCUGGUCUGGCAGGAAGGGGCCUCGGGAGGAGCAGAAGCCAUGGCCAUGCUCCCUCAUGGAUGCAAGCCUUUAGCUCUUCUAUUUUAAUAGGGGAUACUGAGCAGUCGAGGAUCUUGCGUGAGGUUGAUGAGACAAGGAUUACACUGCAGCUGGGCAGGCCUUCUUAUGAUGAUCCUCCAAUACAAGACGGGGAACAGUAGUGGUAGGUCAAGAGGGGGCGGAAAUAUAUAUCGUAGGUGGGUGCAGUGUCGCUCUAUCUUUUCGCAAUAUAGGUGGAGAAUUUGAUAUCGAUUCUUGCACAUUUGUAUACACGUAUUUAGUCUUAUGCGCUAUAGGUAAGACUGAAUGAGGUCAAACUGACGUCGUAGUG